AUGUCUAACUCCAGUUCCAGUCUCUUCCGAGUCUCUUUCAGACGAUUUGCUAUGGGCGGACAGGCUCGUGAACCAGCCUCAGGUGAGUUUUACCCCAAAAGGGCCCGGGAGCCCGGGGCUGAGUCGUAUAUCCAGACCAAGUUUGUCCCGUUAGAAGUGGUCGCCGGGUCGCAGCAGUAUGUGUUUUUCAGCCAGGUGUUCCCCGUAGCUAAGAUUCCAAGCAUAUUUAUUAUAAAUCAGUCGGUGGUUGUCGACCGUUUCGACAGUGAGGUCGAUGCUCAGGAGUUUCUAGACCGCCUGGCUCAGGCAGAUCAGGGCCUGGUUAGGGGCGUCAGAGACGUCAGUGGUAAUACCAGUGGUGCUGGAAACGACACUGGUUCGACCGCAAAUGUUCAGAAUCAGUCUAGUUUGGAUAGCUCGAAUGGUUCUUCUCUCGAUCAGAACGCAAUUGCUGCUGCCGCUGCCGCUGCUGUUGCUGCUCUGACAGGCAGGUCGGGGUCUGCAAGUGGACUUCCAGCUGGUUCUUCUGCUUCAGUUCCUUCUGUCUCUUCAGUCACACCUUCUGCUGGUUCUGAUUCGUCGAAUUCCACUGGAGCUGGCAAUUCAACUGCUGAUGAUUCAGCUGUAACUCGUGGUUCAGAUGCUGCUACCGAUCGUAGCGCAUCGACAUCACACAAUAAUACAAUAUCCACAUCGGGUUCUGGUUCCACAACAACAUCAACAAAUAGUGCAUCGAAUUCUGGGGCUAAUGAUGUAUCCAGUUCGAGCCCGGAACCCACUAAUCCACCCGUACCUCGUAAAGAGAAAUCGUCCACUCCAACGAACUCUGUUGCUGCUUCUGCUUCUACUAACACUUCCAACACCCACUCCAGCUCGACCUCGUCGUCUUCUGGCUUAUCUGAUACACAACGAUACCAGAUACAAUUGCGAAAGCAAAGACAGGCGGAUGCUGAGGAAAGAAAACGCAUACUUCGUCUACUGGAAACAGACCGUGAAGAAAGACGUGCUCAACGAUUACACCACCAACAAGAGCAACAAGAUGUUCCGUUGGCUGCUGAAUCGACCACAAUCCCUCAAAAAAAGAAACAAACUCGCUCACUGUCACUUUCUCAGUCUAAUCAAUGUGCACUUGUCAUCCGACUGUUUGAUGGCCAGGCCCUAAAAAAUAUCUUCAACAACUCCGAUACUUUAGAUAUCGUUCGCAAAUGGGUUGAUGAGAACAGAACGGACUCGGAAGACCCUUAUCAAUUCUACCAGACGUUUCCAAAACGCUCCUUUGGUCCUGGAGAAGAAAACUCUACCCUACUAGAACUAGAUCUAUGUCCUUCGUCUACCCUGAUCCUCAAACCCGCUGAAAACGUCCUUAAUGCAUACUCAUCCUCAUAUUCACCGUCGGCAUGGCUGCAAGGAGGAACCCGCACCAUUUCUGACGCCAUUUAUACCUUUCUUGGUAUAGGAUACAAACCCCCUCCACCCGCUCCAUCGGAGCCGUCUGACGAGCCUUCACGGUCGGCCAGUCCUGUUCCUAAUCCACGAAGAAGUGGUUAUAGCACUCCUCUGCCCACUCCACGGCCAUCUGACAACACUAAUCCGUCGUCUCCAUCGCCACCAAAAUCAGAGAACCCGGCCCCGGCCACCCUCUUGUCGGCAAACUCGUUUUCCCAACCUCGAGACGACGUCCACCCGAGCAAGCCCAACAGCAUCAGCAGCAGUCGGUCCUCCUCCGCCGUCAACGUCCGCACCCUCCACGACAACGACGACGCCAAAGACGACCGUCUGACCUACAACGGCAACCAACUCAACCUCGAGGACGACAAUAAUAGCUAG